AUGCCAUCCGAUCACAAUGGCGGCUUUGACCUACCUCUAGCAAAGAGGCAAAAGAGGUUAAUUAAGGAAGAGGCCUCUCAGGCAUAUUCACAAACCACCGGCUCCAAGAUUUUCGCUCCAUUCCGACGAGGACUUACAUUGGUCUUUGUGAGCAGACCCCAAACUCCGGAGAGCAUCACAGCCACCUUUGCAUGGCAGGACAAAGUUUUUGCAGCGUGGGGUAGUGCUCGGCCGGGGUCUUCUCGGGGCAUCUGGGUCUUCAAGCGUGGCAAGAAGGUUGCGUCCCUCCAAACAACCGCCGAGUUCAUUGAACCGAUAGACCGGCUUCUUGUCUUCGGUACUUGGAUCGUGGGCUGCAGUAGCAAGUGCAUACAAGUGUGGAAAACUAACUCCUACGAACACUACACCACCCUCACCCCUCGGCAUGGCAUAGACACUACCGAAGAUGAUGUUUAUACAAGUGAAAUGUGCAAUAUGCCAACAUACCUCAACAAAAUCUUCGUGGGCAGAUACGACGGAAGCGUUGACGUUUGGAACGUGAAAACGGGAAAAUUGAUUUAUUCCUUGCUUCCGGAGUCAAGAGAAUCGGGCGCCGUGUGUUCAAUUCAGCCAAGCCCUGUAUUAUCUUUAAUCGCAGUGGCCUACAAAAACGGCGGGCUGUCCAUCAUUCACGUCGACACAGGGCGACUUGUUUUAGCAUUGAGGAAAAGCUCCUCAAACUUGCACCAGAUUACCUCCAUCGCCUUCCGGACAGAUGGCCUGGGCGCUGGUGCAGACGGCCGGAAGUCGGGUGUCAUGGCGACAAGUUGUGUGAACAGUGGUGAUGUUACAUUGUGGGACUUGAACAAUGGUGGCAAGGUUAUGGGUAUCCUUCGCCGAGCCCAUGCAAUGUCCCGGGAUGAAACAGGGGCCGGGGUUAAUCACGUUGAGUUUUUGGAUGGUCAGCCAGUGCUUGUCUCAUCCGGGAAGGACAAUGCGCUUAGAACUUGGAUCUUCGACGAGAGCCCAUUUUCUCCGAUACCUAGGCCUCUGCAUUCGAGGCGCGGGCACUCCGCGGCAAUCACUACGCUUGGGUUUUUACCCCCAGUCUCUGAAGAUUCCGAAUUUGGUGGGAAAUGGUUGUUGAGCGCCAGCAAAGACCGCAGUCUUUGGGGAUUCAGCGUUCGGAAAGACAGCCAGAAUACCGAAAUAUCACAAGGACCUAUCGAACGCAAGGCAAAGAAACUUCCGGCUCCAGCCAAUCUUCCCACGGGGAAUGAAACACAAGAUAACCUCAAGGCCCCAGAGAUCACCUGCAUCGCUUGCUCACUUAACCGCGAUGGGGGGAUUGGAGUUACGACUUCGGGUUCAACAUGGGCGAAUCCCAAACUCGCGAAUACAUCCGAAUCGAAUAAAACCGGUUGGGAAAGUAUAGUGACCGGGCAUCGCGGGGACAAGUAUGCUCGGACGUGGUUCUGGGGCAAGAAAAAGGCUGGACGUUGGGCGUUCGAGACUAGCGAUGGAACCGAUGUAAAGAGUGUCGCACUUUCUCAAUGUGGAACAUUUGCUUUGAUUGGUUCUGCAGGAGGCUCGGUUGAUAUGUUCAACAUGCAAUCAGGUGCCCAUCGACAAAGCUUUCCUUGUCGUAGCAUGAAAAAGAAGAACAACAUUGCCGACAGCAAUCCCAGACAUACUAAAGCAGUCACCGGCUUGUGGAUAGAUGGGCUGAACCAAACCGUUAUCAGUUGCGGUCUUGAUGGGAAUGUUAAGUUUUGGGAUUUCACUGCCGGCUCAUUAGUGGAUGAGUUAAACUGGCACCCGAUGGCAUCUGUCACUGGACUUCGCUACAGCAGCGCCAGUGAAUUGCUUGCAUUCAGCUGUGAUGAUCUUUCAAUCCGCGUUGUCGACAUUGAAACAAGGAAAGUAGUGCGCGAGUUUUGGGGUUGUGUAGGUCAAAUCAAUGACUUCACAUUUUCUGCCGACGGGCGAUGGAUUAUUGCUGCAUCCAUGGACUCCGUCAUUCGAGUAUGGGACAUGCCGACCGGGCAUCUCAUUGAUCUCUUUCGCUUACCGAAUACUUGCACGUCGCUGUCUAUGUCGCCAACAGGGGAGUUCCUGGCUACGUCGCAUGCCAAUGGCGUGGGAAUAAAUCUAUGGUCCAACAGAAACGUCUUUGUGCCGGUAUCGACUCAAAAUCUCGAUGAGAACGACGUCUCCGAUAUGGUGAUUCCUACAGCAUCUGGGGAGCAGGGCACUGACGCUAUCGAAGCUGCUUUCCUUGACGCACCUGAACAGGUUGAGUCAGCAGGCCCUAUACUAUCCAACGGACAGCUCAGUCGAGAUAUGAUGACUCUCAGUGUUGUCCCAAGGAAUAGAUGGCAGGCCCUCGUUAAAUUGGAUCUAAUUCGGGAACGUAACAAGCCCCUAAGCCCGCCGAAAGUAUCCGAAAAAGCACCUUUCUUUCUUCCAGCAGCGUCUAAAAGCGCUUACGACGAGGAUGUGGAUUCUUCACUGUUAGCGGAGAGCACUGCUGCUGAGCGCUCACGGAUUGCCAGGUUGCAACAUUCCCACGGUAAAAACGCAGGCUCUCAGUUAACAUCACUCCUUGAAAAUGGACGGGUAUCUGGGAAUUUCGAUCCUUUCAUGGAACAUUUGAAGUCUCUAUCCCCGGCAAAAGCAGAUCUCGAAAUCAGAUCACUUAAUACACGAGUCCUGAACAGACGCUCAGAAUUAUCAGAUUUUAUCUGCGCGCUCUCUGGCCGUCUUUCGUCAAAAAAGGACUUUGAAGUUGUGAACGCUUGGAUGGCAGUGAUUCUCAAGAUACACGCCGAUGUCAUUGCGGAAUGCUCUGCACCUGAAUCGGUCGAAUUGGGGAGUAAUGUGUUAAGGGACGCCUUGGUUGCCUGGACUAAAAUACAGCAACAAGAAGCACAACGCCUAGCUGGGAGGGUAGGAUAUUGUCGAGGUGUUGUCGGAUUCUUGAGGUCUUCUCGUUGA